GGCAUGUCAUCAACAGCAAAGGAACGUUUAGCCAGCUGCCCUCUGCUCUCUACUUUCACUAGAUUCCCUGUCUUUACCAUGUCCAUGUAUUGAUUUGUAAUAAAUCAAUUUGAUGAAGGAUUUAAUGACAUAUUCCGAGUCUUUACUGGUUUCCUCCUAGGAAAUUAAUAUCAUCAUGCAACUGUUUCAUUUAUCAUUACUUAAAAUGGCUGCUCAUUGAGGAGGGAAAAGAGUUUGAUUUGUUGCCAAGGAAGCGGGAAUAAGAUAAAAAACAGUGAGGUUUCUUCUGUUUUAACAGAAAGAUCACUAUCUACAUUGGCAAACACAGACAAUAUGGCUCCGACGGAUUCAGGAAACUUCGUUUUUUCACAGAGUGAGGCAGAGAAUAUUGCAGAGAAAGAAACGGAGAAUUAUGGUGGAGAAUCGUCCACCUCUUUGGUCGAGAUAUAUGAUGGUAUUGGUAUUGUGAAGUUUCUUAGAGGAAAAUGUUUUUUAAUAACUGGUGCAACUGGGUUUCUAGCCAAAGUUCUAAUAGAGAAGAUAUUGUGGACGGUUCCUGAUGUGGGUAAGAUAUAUCUGUUGAUUAAGGCAAAUAACAAGGAAAUUGCAAUGGGGAGACUGAAAAAUGAAAUCAUAAACGCAGAGCUUUUCAAGCGUCUCCAGAAAACUCAUGGAAAAUCUUAUCAAGCUUUCAUGUUGGAGAAACUAGUUCCCGUCGUAGGAAACGUCUGCGAAUCUGCUAUCGGAUUAGAAGAGGAAUUAGCUGAAAAGAUGGCCAAAGAAGUUGAUGUAAUUGUAAAUUCUGCAGCUAACACAACAUUUGAUGAAAGAUAUGAUGUUGCUCUGGAUAUAAACACAAGGGGACCUGGCCACCUUAUGCGCUUUACAAAGAAGUGCAAGAAACUUAAGCUCUUCCUGCAAGUUUCAACAGCUUAUGUAAAUGGAGAAAGAAAGGGAAGGAUUAUGGAAAAGCCAUUUUGUAUAGGAGAGAGCAUAGCAGGGGAAAUUAACAUUUCUGGAAACCCUCCAAAUUUUCUUCCUACACUAGACGUUGAAAGUGAAAUAAACCUGGCUUUUACUUCCAAAAAAGCUUUUCAAAACAAUGCAACCCAAAAGAUGAAAGAUUUGGGUCUAGAAAGGACCAAGAAGUAUGGAUGGCAAGAUGCAUAUGUUUUCACUAAAGCCAUGGGAGAAAUGAUGGUUGAUAACAUGAGAGAAGACAUACCCCUAGUCAUAAUCAGACCCAGUGUCAUAGAGAGUACUUUGAAAGAGCCUUUCCCUGGAUGGAUGGAAGGAAUUAGGAUGCUGGACCCAAUGAUUUUAUACUAUGGGAAAGGGCAGCUCACUGGUUUUAUAGCAGACCUAAAUGGGAUACUCGAUGUGGUUCCAGCUGAUAUGGUCGUGAAUGCGAUGUUGGCGGCCAUAGCAAAGCACGGAGUGGCUCAAAAACCAGACAUUAACAUUUACCAGAUUGCUUCAUCAGUUACGAACCCACUAUUUCAACAAGAACUGUGCAGAAUGGUCUAUGAACAUUUUAACUCCUCACCAUGCAUCGACUCCAAUGGUAGACCAAUCCAAGUUUCACCGAUGAAGCUCUUCCCUUCCAUAGAAGACUUCGUCUCUCAUCUUCGGAGAGACACCGCCGAACGAAGUGGAUUAGCAGCGAUGGCGUCCUCCAAUCAGAAAAAGUCUCAGAAAUUUGAGAUCAUCGGCGGGAAAUCAGUAGAGCGAGCCAAGCACCUGGCUACCAUUUAUAAACCAUAUGCUUUCUAUGGUGGAAGGUUUGAUAACAGUAAUGCAGAGAAACUGAUGGAGAGCAUGUGUGAAGAAGAAAAGAGACAGUUUGGAUAUGAUGUUGGAAGCAUAGACUGGUCUGAUUACAUAAAAAAUGUGCAUAUUCCUGGUCUUAGGAGGCAUGUCGUGAAGGGCAGAGCAAAAAUUUAGCUGAACAGCCUAUGUUCUCUGCUUUCACUGGAUCAUCCAAGUCCGGGAACCGACUGUUAUAAGUGAACUUUCUUUUUUUUUUUUUUCCUUUUUUUUUUUUUGGUUU